AACUGCAUGUAUGACACAUGUAACUGUAAAAAUAGUGAGGACUGUCUGUGUGCAGCCCUGUCUUCCUAUGUGAGAGCUUGUGCUGCAAAAGGAAUACAGCUGGAUGGAUGGAGGGCUGAUGUCUGCUCAAAAUACACGUCAUGUCCCAAAUCCCUAAGCUACAGCUAUAACAUCUCUUCCUGUCAACCUACUUGUCGAUCUCUGAGUGAGCAUGAUGUCACAUGCAACAUUAAGUUUGUCCCAGUUGAUGGCUGUACCUGCAUAAACGGAACUUACAUGGAUGAGAGUGGCAGAUGUGUGCCUGCUACAGAAUGCUCCUGCUACUAUAGAGGAUCUCCCAUAUCAUCUGGAGAAAUUGUCCAAGAAAAUGGGCUUGUAUGCACUUGCAUCCAGGGAAGACUGGAUUGUACUGGAGAAGGUAAUCCAGCUCAAGUCUGUGAAUCUCCCAUGGUUUACCUAGACUGUAGAAAUAUCACUGAAGGAACAACUGGAACAGAAUGUCAAAAAAGUUGCCAGACUCUGGAUAUGCAGUGUUAUAGCACGAAAUGUGUAUCUGGCUGCGUGUGCCCAGCUGGGCUUGUGUUACACGGAAAUGGUGAUUGUAUUCCUGAAGAGGAAUGUCCGUGUAUUCACAAUGAAGCUAUGUAUCAGCCCGGGGAAAAGAUCAAUGUUGACUGUAACACCUGUGUAUGCAAGAAUAGAAAGUGGGAAUGCACCAAAGAUCAAUGUCUGGGCACUUGUGCUGUUUAUGGAGAUGGUCAUUAUAAUACCUUUGAUGACAAAAGGUUCAACUUCAAUGGCAACUGUGAAUACACACUAGUCCAGGACCACUGUGGGAUGAGUGGCACAGCCAAUGGAACCUUCCGGGUUAUUACUGAAAAUAUUCCCUGUGGCAACACUGGGACAACUUGCUCAAAAUCUAUCAAAGUUUUCUUAGAGAGCUAUGAAUUGAUACUUGGUGAGGAGCAUGUCAGUGUCAUAAAGAGAGGACAAAAUAAUGAGGUGUCAUACACAGUCCGCUAUAUGGGUAUGUACUUGGUAAUUGAGACCACAAGUGGACUGAUACUCAUGUGGGACAAGAAAACCAGCAUCUUCAUCAAGCUCAGCCCUGAUUUUAAGGGCCAGAUCUGUGGCCUCUGUGGAAAUUAUGAUGGCAACGGCAUCAAUGACUUUACUACAAGGAGUCAGUCAGUGGUAGAGAAUGUCCUGGAGUUUGGAAACAGCUGGAAAGUAUCCUCUACAUGUCCUGAUGCUUCCAGCAUAAAGGACCCAUGUUCUACCAACCCUUAUCGAAAAUCCUGGUCAGAGAAACAGUGUAGCAUCAUCAACAGCAAUGUCUUUGCUGCCUGUCACUCUCAGGUUGAACCAGCAAAAUAUUACCAAGCAUGUGUGACAGAUGCCUGUGCAUGUGACAGUGGAGGAGACUGUGAUUGCUUUUGUACAGCAGUAGCUGCCUAUGCUCAAGCGUGUAGUGAAGUUGGCGUCUGCAUAGCCUGGAGAACCCCAUCAAUCUGUCCACUCUUCUGUGAUUACUACAAUCAACAAGGGGAAUGUGAAUGGCACUAUAAGCCUUGUGGAGCCUCCUGUAUGAAGACCUGUAGAAACCCAAGUGGAAAAUGCCUCCACAACUUGUCAGGUUUAGAAGGCUGCUACCCUAACUGCCCACCAAACAAGCCAUACUUCCAUGAGGCUCAGAUGAAGUGCGUUAGUCUCUGCGACUGUUAUGAUAAUGAAGAUGGAAAGAUAUAUAUACGGGACGAAUGCCGUUUAUGUGAAUGCACAUCAGAUGGUUUAGAGUGCAAGUUUGAUGAUAAAGCAUGCCACUGCAUUUAUGAAGGGAAAAGCUAUAAAUAUGGUGAACUCAUCUACAACACCACAGAUGGAACUGGAUGGUGUUUCACUGCAACAUGUGAUGUCAAUGGAACAAUUAGCAGAAAUAUCUUUAAAUGUGGCAUCUUUACAACAACUCCAUUUCUUUUUCUUACAAGUCAGUCUGAAACUACUGCUUCAGAAACGACAACUGCAGCACCAGUGACAACUGUAUGUGUGCAGAAAAUGUGUUUGUGGUCAGACUGGUAUGACUGCACACAGCCUGAAAAUAAAGAGGACAGUGGAGAUUAUGAAACAUUUGAAAAUCUCCGAGAAAAAGGAUACAGUGUGUGUAAAAAUCCAAAGAGUGUUCAAUGCAGAGCCAAGGAAUACCCAAAUACAGAAAUAAACAAUCUUAACGAAAAA